CGUUCGAUCUCUUCCAGAUGCAGAUUAAUGGGUCGGUGGGAGAAAUAAGUGCAACUGAUAAAGUGGCUGUGAUUCUCACCCAUCCUUGCUUAGAUACUGUAAACUGCUCCUGCAACAUGGUGGUGAACCAGCUGGAACCCCAAGUGUCUGAUAGCAAGGUUGCCAGUUUUCCUGUGCCAUCUAUUUUUGGUGUCAAACAGCUUUUUGUAACUACAAAUCAAGCCUUCAAAGUCUGUCAGGGUGUAUUUAAUAAUGCAAAUAGUAUUCCGGUCCAAACGUCUGCAGACAUCUUGCCCCUCUUUCCAAAUUUUCUGAACAAGCCCUUGCUUAUUUCUACCAGCAUUGGUGUUUCCCUCCGGCUGAUCAGUCCAGGACUCAUUCUUGACCUCAUGCCGACAAGCAUGUUUUCCGGCUGCUUUCUGGUAGACUUUAACUCUUCACGCUCUGGAGCUUUGGUGAUUGCUAAUACAUCCAGCACUACUGGUGUGAAAAUGAACGAUCAGCCUUUAAAUGUCAUAUGGUACCCUUUGAAUGGCACUGAGUACUCUUGGGCUUUGGUGGAGGCACAAGUCAUUGGAACCAUCUGGCAUCCGAACACAAAGAUUGGUGUAUAUAUGACACAACGCUUGGAUUCCAACACUAUCUAUGGCAGUCAAGCAAUAGCUUUAAAUAUGGACCUAGAUCAGAAUGGCUGUCUGCUGACUCCGGAGAUGUUUGUGCUUGGUCAAGACAGCAUGAACUGGUCCAUGUCCCUUCAGUACUGCUCAGAAAAGUAUGACCAGCUUGCCACACUCAAUGCUAAAUCUGCCCAGGAUAAGAUGGUCUCGAACAUGUCACGGAUACAACCCACGCUGGGCUGGAUCAGUCUGCGCCGCAGCCUGUUCACAACUGAGUGGUACUGGAGCAACAAGAAUAAUUCACCAUCCAAUGUGAACUUCACUUUCUGGGAGGUCGGACAGCCUGAUCAACCAGAGAAAGGCUUGUGUGCUUCGGUUACGCUGGAUCCUAGCAAGAAAUUCAAGUGGCAGAGUACACGCUGCUGCUCUGAAAAUAAACCCUUGUGCUACAGUGGCCAAAAAUAUUUCAUUUACAAUCGUACUACAAAGCAAAUAAUGUCUUAAGUGGAAGAUAACUAAAGCGAAUGCCAAAUAUUCCAGUUACACUUUCAGACCUGUAGGUUCUGUAAUCAGAGGAGAUUCUUUUCAAGCUCAGAAUUGAUCUGGCUAUAUAUAAUUAUAACCAAUAUUACACUAGAUUUAGAAAAAAUGUUAUCUGAUGGCUUUGACAUUUAUCUAGCGUAUAUAGGAGUAAAACGAAUACUUAUACUGCUAAUUUAUUUGUAGAUUAAAUAGAAUGGGCUCUAUGCACAGCUAGAGUUUUAAAGCCAACGAUAAACUUCCAGUGAAAACCUAAUGUGACUAUUUUCAAUUUCGCAAGGUUGUUUUUACAGCAUCGAUGUUGUAAUGUAAUUACAAUACGUUCAGUUAAAUAGAUUUAAGCAUUCAUUUGUUCAAGCAUAAAAUGUGACGAAUGACCAUGUAACUGCUAGCUCUGUCAUUAGCAACAGGCUAGCACAGAAAUUCCAUUGAAAAUACUGGGGUAAAAUAAACUGUGAUAUUUUAAAGACAUGGCAGGGGGAAAUGGAAUUUAAUGUAGUGCUUCUUGUCCGAUCUGAGACCCACUUCAUAUUGUAUAUCUAACAGACAGUGAAGAUCGCUGAUUUUUAAAGAAAUCCCAUCCUAAACAUGACAAUUUUAUAAUGGAAAGACAGUUCACCGGAAGCCCUUGGGCUGCCUGGCUGAAAAUUAAAAGUCUUGAGUGCAUAUAGCCCAUUAUUAUUGCUUUGUUAGAUGCUAGUGUAGAGUCUGGGAUGUAUUUGAAGUAUAUUCAGGCUAAAAUUUAAAUACUGAAUAUUAUUAAAGUAUGUCAAUUGAACAACACUUCUUUAGACUUGUGUGCACAAUUUGUUUAAUACAGAAUUGAAAAUGACAUAAAACAUGACCUGUUCACAAAAUCCUCAAAUGAUCAAAAUUAUGACUUGAUUGGAGGGA